AUGGCCGACGCAUUCAAACCCCGUACCAUGAAACGCAAGAAUGUAAAGGGACUCGCCCUCAAUUCCACACCAAAGCCAGCGUCCACCCCAUCUGAAGGCGAUGCUCAAGUCCCCGGCGCGGUCGGAAACACAGAGAGCACCCGUUCAGAUACGUUGGAAAUUGGCCUCGAGUUCAAGCUCGAUUUGCGCAGUGAGGAUUUGGUGACAUUGAAGGAGGUUGGUGCUGGAAAUGGCGGUACCGUGGCCAAGGUUAUGCAUGCCACGACAAAGGUCGUUAUGGCACGGAAGAUUAUCCGUGUCGAUGCGAAAGAGAACGUACGCAAACAGAUCCUCCGUGAACUCCAGGUCGGUCACGACUGCAACUCGCCUUAUAUCGUCACAUUUUACGGCGCCUUUCAGAACGAGUCGCGCGAUAUUGUCUUGUGUAUGGAAUAUAUGGACUGCGGCUCUCUCGAUCGCAUCUCCAAAGAGUUCGGACCGGUCCGUAUCGACGUCCUAGGCAAAAUCACCGAGUCUAUCCUCGCUGGCUUGGUAUAUUUAUAUGAGAACCACCGAAUCAUGCACCGCGACAUCAAACCGUCCAACGUCUUAGUCAACUCUCGAGGAAAUAUUAAACUGUGCGACUUUGGCGUGGCUACCGAGACCGUUAAUUCCGUCGCCGAUACCUUUGUCGGUACUUCCACCUACAUGGCUCCGGAACGUAUCCAGGGAGGCGCAUAUACUGUUCGAUCUGAUGUUUGGAGUGUUGGAUUGACUGUGAUGGAGCUUGCCGUCGGACGAUUCCCGUUUGAUGCUACUGACUCGGCUGCCGGCGAUCGAGCCAGUGCUGGGCCGAUGGGAAUUCUGGAUCUUUUACAGCAGAUUGUGCAUGAGCCUGCACCUAAGCUACCCAAGAGUGACGCUUUCCCUCCUAUUCUGCACGAAUUUGUGGCCAAGUGCUUGCUCAAGAAGUCUGAGGAGCGGCCCACGCCGAGGGAACUCUAUGAUAAGGAUGCUUUUCUGCAAGCCGCCAAGCGGACACCUGUUGAUCUACAAAAAUGGGCUCGAAAGAUGAUGCACGCCCAAGACCGUCAUUCGUACCUAGAACCACCCGCCCCAGCUUCACUUAAAACAGCAACCACAACAUCUAGCAGUCCUUCUCCAGAUAUGACGCCUCGAGAUACCCCUGCUACAACCGUGUCAGCCGCGCCAUCUCAUCCUACGCCAACAUUUGGGGAGAUUCCGCUCCGAAACGACAUUACUUCUGCACAUAAACAACACUUUAGUCCGUCCUCUCACCAUAACCCUACGCCCCAUCAUGCCGAUUAUAGCAAUCACAAUCAGUAUGCGCAACAGCAAUCACAACAUGUAUCACACAACUCCAGAUCAUCUCAAUCCUCUUCGAGACAACAAUCUCCGUACUUGUCCCUCGAACAUCUCUCUCUUGAAAGUGAAGAAGCACGCAACGGAAGGGGCCGAUCUCCACGCAACUACUCCGGCGAACCUCGAUCUGCAAUUGAUCCCCCUUCACGGCCGCAUUUCCCUCGCGCAUUGAGUUCUAAUCAUCAGGGCGGACUACAUACCACUACUUUACCCAUGGGAGCUGCGCCUCCACCUUCAGGACCACUUCCGCCUCCGCCGCAGUCUGCUGGAGAAUCAUGGCGGAAUCAGUACAGAGCACGAGAGAAUAUGACUUGA